AUAAUAAUAAUAUAUGAAUAAAUAUGUUUCUUUCAUUCAAUUCAUAUCCCACUUCUCAUCACACUCUCCUUUGUAAUUUUAAAUACAUAUUUAGGGAUAUGAUUUUGUCCCGUGAUGUACUUUCACGGAAUGCAUUCCGUGGUACAUUAGAUGGGUCUCAGGGUACAUUAAAUGAGUGUCAGGGUACGUUUCUACUUUUUAACCCUAAUUACCCCUAGAUCAAUCUCAGCCGUCAGAUCAAAUAACUCCCUCAUCUGACGGCUGCUGUACAUCACGGAUUACAAUCCGUGAAAGUACAAUAACGGGACAAAAUCAUAUCCCAUAUUUAUACUUUGUCCACAUUUGAUUUGGUCAACAUGUUGGAGUCUUCUUCUUCUUCUUCAUUGAAAAAAUAUCUAAACAAGAUGUUAAGAUUAGAGGAUUACACUAACCUAAUGGAGGGUCAUGAAAUGAACAAGUUCGUAAAGGUAUGCCUUAUAAUAAUUUUAUCAUUAUGUUAUUGCUAUUUUAUUGGUAAAAUAGUCUCAAAGGGUACCAAAAGACUCAUAUUCAUUUUCCCAAUUAUACCCCUUUUUCUCAUCUUACCUCUAAAUCUCACCUCAAUCAAUUGUGGGGGUAAUACCGCCUUUUUCAUUUCAUGGCUUGCAAAUUUUAAGCUUUUGCUCUUUGCUUUUGGAAAAGGCCCUUUGGUUCAAAACCCGCCAAAGAGUAAUUCCCUCGGUCGUUUUAUUGCCUAUGCUUGUUUUCCUAUUGAGAUUCAAAAUGACCAAAAUACCCUUAAUUCCGAUGACAAAAAUAAUAAACACAACAACAACAAUCCAUCUCUCAAAAAACCCAAACAAGGCCAAAAAAAUUGGGUUUUUGUGAUAUAUGCAAUUAAAGGCUUGAUUUUGGCUAUUUUGGUAUCUAGUGUUUUUGAGUACAAGAAAUAUAUGCACCCAAAGGUCAUUUUAUUUCUUUACACCCUAUACAUAUACCUCAUUCUUGACCUAAUCUUAGCCACAACAACGGCUCUUGCUCGAGCCGCGAAUGGAGUAGAGCUCGAGCCACAUUUCGACGAGCCAUACCUCUCUAGCUCACUACAAGAUUUUUGGGGUAGAAGGUGGAACCUCAUGGUAAGCCGUGUGCUACGUCCUACUAUAUACAAACCCACAUUGGGGUUUUGGGCCCGUAUAAUUGGGCCUAAAUGGGCUUCUAUACCAGCAAUUAUGGCCACGUUCAUUGUCUCUGGGCUCAUGCAUGAACUCAUAUUCUUCUAUUGGUGUCGUGUGAGGCCCACGUGGGAGCCCAUGUUGUUUUUUGUCUUACACGGAACUUGUUUGGCGGUUGAGAUUGUUUUGAAGAAGCUCGUGGGGACCACAACUAAUGACACGUGGCGAUUGCCCAGGUGGAUAUCUGGACCGUUGACCGUUGGGUUCGUUAUGGAAAGUUGUUUUAGGCUAAUGUUUCCUCAUGUUCUUCGUUGUAAAACCGAUUUAAGAUUGUUUGGAGAAUAUGAUGCUAUUCGUGAUUUUUUUAAGAGUAAAAUAACUUUGUUUAGUCAUUAAAGGAAGAAAGAAAUAUGAUGAUUUGUUUAUAUUUUAUCCUAUUUAUGUUCGUGCUCAGAAAUUCUGUAUAUAAAUAAUAUAGGAUGAUAACUUGUAUAACGUUUAGGAAAUUUAUAUAGUACACCACUUAAAAAUUUUGGUAGAUUUUUUUAUUUAUUUAGAUAUUUUGAAAAAAAAUAUAAUCAAAUUUAUUUUGAUGAUUGUGUAUGUUGUAACUAUUUAAGAUUAUUUGUAAAUUUUUAGAAAAUUUCGAAUAGUUUUCAAUGUCAAAAAUUAUGUAUAAAUAGUUAUUUAUCAUACGUAUAAGGGAAAAUAGUCACUUGUGCAACAAAAUAUGUAAAUCUUAUUUUCGGUAUUGUAAAUUACUCAAAAAAUUUUAAAAAUUCACAAGUGGUUCUAAACAGGACCGGCCCAACUAAGCUAAGGCAGGCUAGAUCCGCGCCUAAGACUCACUCAUCUUAGGGCCCAAAUAAAAAAAAAAAAAACUUUUGAUAUAUAUACAUAUUUUUUUAAUAAUUUUCAAA